UUGUUGCACAGUGGCUUCGUUCACCGAAGGGAAAUAAGCGCAUCUACGGAAAAAAACUGAAAACACGGCGCCAUGGAAGCAGCAGCGGUAGCAACCUCUUCUCUGAAGAAGCUGAAGCGGAAACGCACUGUGGCAAGAAGCGAUCCUGAACUCGAGCGUCUGAACUCGCUUCCGUGGAACUCUUCUCUUCCUCAGAACGACGACGAUGGCGCUUUCUCCUUGUUCAUUGGCACCAACGAACUCGAAGGAGGGUUUCUUUCGCUCGAGGAGAUUGAUGAGGCGGAGUAUGGUUUGGAUAUUCCUGAACCUGAAGAUGGCAAGAGGAAGACGAAGAAGAAAAAAUCUAUACAGAAUGAAGAUGUGAAGAAACAGCAGCAAGAUGGAGUUGAUGGUGCUAGUAGUGACGAGGUCGAAGCUGAGUUGGACGAGAGUGUGAAGGCUAAAGAGAAGAAAAAGAAGAAGAAGAAGAAGACGAAAAAGAAGGAUGCUACGGAUGGCCAGAAAGUUGAGCAGCCAGAUGCUGGUUUAGAUGCUAAUGUGGAAGAUGGUAACGGUGAAGAGGACAGUGAUGAAACUGAAUUUUAUGCAUGGAAUGAGUUGAGGCUUCACCCUCUCCUAAUGAAAGCAAUUUACAAGCUUGGCUUCAAGGAACCAACACCAAUACAGAAGGCUUGCAUUCCAGCUGCUGCUCAUCAAGGGAAGGACGUUGUUGGGGCUGCAGAGACAGGAUCUGGUAAAACACUGGCGUUUGGUUUGCCCAUUUUGCAACGCAUUUUGGAGGAGAGAGAAAAGGAUGCAAACAUGGUUGAAGAACCUGGAAAGUAUUCUCCUAAAGGAGUUUUGAGGGCUCUUAUUAUUGCUCCAACUAGAGAACUUGCAGUUCAGGUCACGGAUCAUCUGAAAGCUGUUGCUAAGUAUAUUAAUGUUCGGGUGACCCCUAUAGUUGGGGGGAUUUUAGCAGAAAAGCAGGAGAGACUUUUAAAAGCAAAGCCUGAGAUUGUUGUUGGAACUCCAGGGAGGUUAUGGGAACUUAUGUCAGCUGGAGAAAAACAUCUAGUUGAGUUACAUUCACUCUCUUUCUUUGUGCUUGAUGAGGCUGAUCGGAUGGUACAAAGUGGUCAUUUUAAGGAGUUGCAGUCUAUAAUUGAUAUGCUUCCCAUGUCCAACAUCUCCACUGAAGAUAAUUCUCAAAAUGUACAAAAAGGUUGUGUUACAGUUUCUAGUUACCAAAGAAAGAAAAGACAAACACUUGUUUUUUCAGCGACUGUUGCACUGUCUUCUGAUUUUCGCAAGAAGCUAAAACGUGGCUCAAGUCAAAAAAAGCAAUCAUCAACAGAUGGAUUGAAUUCAAUCGAAACUCUUUCUGAGCGUGCAGGAAUGAGAUCCAAUGCUGCAAUUAUUGAUCUUACUAAUCCAUCUAUAUUAGCAGCUAAGCUUGAGGAGUCAUUUAUUGAAUGCAAAGAAGAAGAUAAAGAUGCAUAUUUGUAUUAUAUUUUGACUGUCCAUGGACAAGGUCGCACCAUAGUUUUCUGCACGUCAAUUGCAGCCUUACGUCAUAUUUCUUCCAUAUUACGCAUUCUUGGAAUCAAUGUUUGGACUCUUCAUGCUCAAAUGCAGCAACGAGCACGAUUGAAGGCCAUUGAUCGCUUUCGGGAAAAUGAAAAUGGCAUACUUGUUGCUACAGAUGUUGCUGCCAGGGGUCUUGAUAUUCCUGGUGUUAGAACUGUUGUCCACUAUCAGCUUCCACAUUCAGCAGAGGUUUAUGUUCAUAGAAGUGGAAGAACAGCCAGGGCCUCCGCUGAAGGUUGUAGCAUUGCUUUAAUAUCACCAAGAGAUACGUCCAAGUUUGCUUCACUGUGCAAAUCAUUUUCUAAGGAUAACUUUCAGCGGUUUCCUUUAGAGAACUCUUACAUGCCAGAGGUCCUAAAAAGACUGUCUCUUGCACGACAAAUAGACAAGAUAACAAGGAAGGAUUCCCAGGUAAAGGCGGAGAAAAGCUGGUUUGAUCGGAAUGCUAGUGCAGUUGAAUUAGUUACUGAAAAUUAUGACAGUGAAGAGGAGCAAGUGAACAAACAUAAGCAAAUGAAAGCUAGUUCUAGACAAUUGAAAAAAUUGCAGGAGGAGCUCAAUAUGCUGAUUUCUCGCCCAUUACAAUCAAAAUCAUUUUCACAUCGGUAUUUAGCAGGGUCUGGUGUCACACCCCUCAUGCAGGAGCAAUUGCAACAGUUAGCAAGGCAAAAACUAAGUGAUCACCAAGGUUCUACUCUAGGCAAAAAGGGAAAAUUGGUUGUGAUUGGUCAAGAUUGCAUGGAUGCACUUCAAGCUCUUCGAAGUGCUGGCGAAGAGGUGCGAAUGGAUAUCAAGGAUUUUGCCGGAAAACAGAGAAAUGUGGAGAAUUUAAAAAGGAAGCGAAAAGAGGAGAAAAAACGUUUGCGUGAUCAGCGUAGAAAGCAAAAGAAAAAGCUAAAAUACGGGGAUGAAUAGAAUUGUAUACAUAACUGAGCCAUUAGAUUGCUGGCACAGACUCUUGGGACCUUCGGGGGGUUAGCAUAGCUCGGAAUUUGGCCUAAUGUUUUUACUCUUCUUUAAGCAAAUGCUGAAUAUUUUGAACAACAAAUCUAGGUAGGUAAUUUUGGCUAGGGAGAAAGACUAGCAAAGGGGCAUAUUUAGCUUCUCUUUCCUUGCCAAUCAAAUAUACAAUUAUGUCAUGU